ACUCCAGUAAUUUGGAGAAAAUAUAUCGUGAGGUUCAGAUCAUGAAGCUUCUGAAUCAUCCUCACAUCAUAAAGCUUUAUCAGGAGUGGCCCGAGCCCUGUUUUUGACUUUGCUGGAGGGAUGAGCCAGAGUGUACCUUCCUGGUCUUCCUGUCCCUCUCCUGGCCCAUUGUGUGGAGCAGCCCAGUUAGACAGCACAUCGCCCCCAGCAUCAGAGUGAGAGGUCCUUUCGCGGAGUGAAACCUCUCGGUGCUGUCUGGGUCGCUUUAACUGUUCGGACGGGAUAGGGACAGCAACGCAUAUCAUUCCUCGGGGUUUUACACUGGUGUCUAACUCUCAUCCAGCUGGCCCAGGCCCCAGAACCUUGCCGAGACACUACACUCUUGCCUGGAGGUUUCCCAACACCCCAAACACAUUUACUCUUAAUUCUUUCUCCGGCUCUCUUUUGAACUGAGGAGAGGGACGAACCUCGGCCUUCCUGCUCAGGCCUCUACCGCACACGUGGAGGGCCAGGACACUUCAGGACAUUGGAGAUUCUUGGUCAAACACACUGUGUUUGCUGUCUUGUUAGAUUUACGGCCUAAACCAGUUGCCUUUGAAGUGUCUUUUUUACGGAAAAACUGUAUUUCGAACCCUAAAGAAAUCUGUUCCUGUGAGCACGUAUUGUCUCUGUGUCUCCCUUUGAAAUCUUGUAAAACACCUGGGAAGGAGUUGGAUUUCCUUCUUUUAGGACCAGAGAUGUGAAAUGCACCUUGUUUCUUAGCUAGCUGUAUUUUCAACUCUUUUUUAAAAUUGUUUGCACAGUGAAGUAAAAUUCUCGACCCGUAAGUGAGCCUGCAGGGUGUGUUUGACCUCGGCUGUUGCUGCGGACACAUGCUGAGGGGUUUGCCGUAUAAAGAGCAGUCUGUCGUAGCUUAGCCUGGCAGAACCCGCUUCUCAGCGCCCAAUUUAUCAUGUCAAUAGCGCAAGGGGGAAGGGGUGUUCGUUAUCUAUUAUUCAGCUUGCGCUGGCCUGAAUCAUCUGUUGCCUGCUAGGCUUCUAGAAGAAAGCCCUAGCGGUGCAUGCUGCGGGUGUCAGACCUCUGAGGCCUCACAGAGCCGGCGGGUGGGUGAGGCAGUUGCGUUGACACGGUGAUACGGGAAGGUUCUAGUGCAUUCGGAUAGACAGGUUAGUGAGGAAUUCACCUCUGAUGUUUUAAAUUCUUUUCCUGAAUAGGAACCCCCGUAUCUGUUUCUUUAACACAGAAGUGUUUAUUUUCUUUCCUUUUGAAAGAUAACGGAUACACUCAUCCUUGGGGAAGUUAAAAAUUUACUGGGGUUCGAGUAGAUUAUUUAUACCGUUGGCAUGUUCUGUUCCCGUGUGGUUAAACGUUAGGUCUUUGUGUUUUUAGGUUAUGGAGACAAAGGAUAUGCUUUACAUUGUCACCGAAUUCGCGAAAAAUGGAGAAAUGUUUGAUUAUCUGACCUCCAACGGGCACCUCAGCGAGAACGAAGCACGGAAGAAAUUCUGGCAGAUUCUGUCCGCCGUGGAGUACUGCCACAGCCACCACAUCGUCCACCGGGACCUGAAGACCGAGAACCUGCUGCUGGACGGCAGCAUGGACAUCAAGCUGGCAGAUUUUGGAUUUGGGAAUUUCUACAAGUCAGGAGAGCCCCUGUCCACGUGGUGUGGGAGCCCCCCGUACGCGGCCCCAGAAGUCUUUGAGGGGAAGGAGUACGAAGGCCCCCAGCUGGACAUCUGGAGCCUCGGCGUCGUGCUGUACGUGCUGGUGUGCGGGUCGCUCCCCUUCGACGGACCCAACCUGCCGGCGCUGCGGCAGCGGGUGCUGGAGGGCCGCUUCCGUAUCCCGUUCUUUAUGUCUCAAGACUGUGAGACGCUGAUCCGCCGCAUGCUGGUGGUGGACCCCAGCAAGCGCAUCACCAUCGCCCAGAUCCGGCAGCACAGGUGGAUGCAGGCCGAGCCCCCGGUGCCGCGGCAGGCCUGCACUGCCUUCUCUGCGCUCAGCUACAACGUCAGCCUGGGCCGCUACGACGAGCAGGUGUUGGGGAUCAUGCACACCCUGGGCAUCGACCGGCAGAGGACCGUGGAGUCACUGCAGAACAGCAGCUACAACCACUUUGCCGCCAUUUAUUACCUCCUCCUCGAGCGGCUGAAGGAGCAUCGGCACACACAGCCGUCGGCGCGGCCCGGCCCGGCCCGGCAGCAGAGGCCGCGCAGCUCGGAUCUCGGCGGCUUUGAGGUGCCUCAGGAAGGCCUGUCUGGUGACUCUUUCCAGCCCUCCCUGCUGUGCCCACAGCCCCAGGCCUUCGGGCAGUCUGUCUUGCAGGUGGACGCGGACUGUGACCCCCUCAGCUCACUCCAGCCCUUGCUCUUCCCCCUGGACGCCAACUGCAACGGAGUGUUCCGGAAUCGCCCCAUCUCCCCGAGCGGCCUGCUAGACGCGAGCAUCAGUGAGGAGGUCAGGCAGGGCCAGGGCCUGGAGGAGGAGCGGGAGCCGCAGGAGCCCCUGUCCGGCGGCACAGGCCGGAGGCACACGCUGGCCGAGGUCUCCACCUGCUUCUCCCCGAGUGCCCCUCCGUGUAUCGUCGUCUCCUCCUCCGCCGCGAGCCCUUCGGAGGGCACCAGUUCCGACAGCUGCUUGACCUUCUCGGCCGGCGACGGCCCAGCGGGGCUCAGUGGACGCCUGGCCGCCCAGGGGCUGGUGGGCACCUGUUCCCCUCUCAGACUGGCCUCACCGCUCCUGGGGGCCCAGUCUGCCACCCCAGUGCUGCAGGCUCAGGGGGCCCCAGGAGGGGUCACUCUGCUCCCCAUCAGCUUCCAGGAAGGCCGGAGGGCAUCGGACACCUCGCUCACUCAAGGGCUGAAAGCCUUCCGGCAGCAGCUGAGGAAGAGCACGAGGGCCAAAGGGCUCCUGGGCCUGAACAAGAUCAAGGGGCUGGCUCGCCAGGUGUGCCCGCCCUCCUCCUCCAGCCGGGCCACGAGGGGCGGCCUGAGCGCCUUCCAGCUGCCCGCGCCGAGCCCGGGCCCGCACGGCGGCGGGGCCGGCAGCCGGGAGGGCCGGAGCCUGCUGGAAGAGGUCCUACACCAGCAGAGGUUGCUCCAGCUCCAGCACCACCCGGCGGGCCCGCCCGGCUGCCAGCAGGCCCCCCAGCCGCCCCCGGCCCCGCUGGUCCUCGCCCCGUGCGACGGCACGCUCCUUGUGUCGGGACUCCAGAAGGAGCUGGGGCUGGCGCCCGGCCCGCUGCUGCCGCCCCACUUCCUGCAGGCGGGGGGCUCCCCGGUGGCGGCGGCGGCCCAGCUGCUGGACACCCACCUGCACAUCGGCAGCGCCACAGCCCCGCUGCCCGCCGCCACGCUGCCCCCGAGCUUUGUGGCCGUGGGGCUGCCGCAGGCGGACUGUGAGAUAGAGGACCUGACCUCGGGCCGGCUGGGCACCUUCGUGCUGGUGCAGUGAGGACCCCGCCCGCGGCUCGGGCCGGCCGGCCCUUCGAAGCAAUAAUUUCAGAGUAUGUGAAGACGUUUCCGGACUCGAAGCCAAUAAGUUUCUAGAAGCGAAACAAGCAAUACGUCUGGUGUUCUGGCUUUUUACUUUCUUCUCGGUUUUACUUUUUCCCUCGCACUGAGCAAAUGCAACUCUGAGCAGGGCCUGGAAACUUUCUGAAGAAAAAUAAUAAUUGAGGGGCGUGCCAGGGUGGGUGGACGGGAAGGGGAAGGAGGGCGGCGGGGUGAGAGGCGACAGGGCUUGGCUGGACUGGCCAGCGCCACUGCGGUCGGGGCGGCGGGAGGGGGCCACGGGGGCCACGCGGGGCUUGCCUCGGGAGAGACCGUGGCGUGGGCCGCGUGUCCAUCCGCGUGCGUGCGCGUGUGUUUAGUAGCCUUUUUUGUUUGUUUUGGUUAACGAUUCUCCGCUCCCCGAAACAUUUACGCUUCAAAACGAGGACUGUGAACUUUCUACUUUAUGUAUCGGUUUUUUUAAAAAGGCUCUGUUGGCCGGCCCAGGAGAAAAUAAUCUACAAAUUCCUGGAAUUCUCUACCCUGAAAUCAGAACCCCAAGGACGGUGUUUUCUUAUUUUAGAUGAGAACUUUUGUCAACUGCUCGAGGUCGGUUUCCAGGAUCCUUCAGAGGAGCCGUAGGAAGAGACUAGAAGCCGUGGGUGACUGAGGUUGGGGCUCCGGCCCGGAUCACGUGGCUUCAGUCCCCCACGUGCCUCGGAGGGCCCCGGAGAGGUUUCUUCCUGCUGCCCAUCUUAUUUCCGCUGCUAAUUUAAGUUUUUAUGCAUUUCAUUAUCAGGGUCCAAAAUGAACAACUGACCAGGGCGGGGGGUGUGCAAUACGGCCAGGUGUGGCCGUCGGGCAGGGGCAGGCGGAAAGCGGGGGCGCGGCCCCGCCCGCCUGCCGCCACCGGGCCGUGGCCCGUGGUAGCCCUGCCUCAUCCGGGCCGCACACGUCAGGCUUUCGUUCGAGAAUACCGCAAUGAGAGGUCAGAUCAGUGUUGUUCAAGCUUUGUUCCUUUUUUAAAGCAGAUAUUGUCCAUGUAUAUAAAUAGACAAACAGACACUACUUAUUUUUUAUAUUUUUUACUACACUUCUGUGUUCCUGGUGUCACUUUUGCUCUCUGGUAACGUUAGCAAGCACCGGCACCAGGUCGGCGCGGAGGGGGGAGACGAGGUGCGUCCUCACCUGGCGGGUGAACUCGGGUCGGAAGCCACCCGAGCGGGCGGGCGGCAGGCCUCACCCCCUCUGCACCAGUCAGUACCCGUCCCUUGACCCGACCCAGGUGCCUUCAGCUCACUUUGGCUCUUACAACCUACAGUAUUAACAGGGGAGAGGAGGGUGCUGGGAGAAGCCGAGGACACCCCCCCCCCCCCCCGCCCCGGGCUCCUAGAGGGCAGGGGGCCGGCCGCGUGCACGGGGGGCCGCGGCCCGCGUGUCCGCAUCUGCCAGGCUUCCUGCUACCGGCCACCGGCCCUGCCACGGCCGCUGCUGCUACCUCCCCGUGGCUGUCGCCGGAGAGUCGGGGAAGGCACCGUCCUCGCGCCUGGCCACAGAGAAAUCACCAAAGCCUCCUGCUGACUUGUAACGAGGGCCCUGGGGGCGUCCGGGCCUCCGGACCCACAGAGGCGGCGUGGCCGACUCCCCCCGAGACCGGGGUCCCCUCGCUAGACUCCUUGCUGUCG